AUGCCAAAGAGGCAAUCGGGCUUUGAGGCACAGCUUGGCAGGCGCCUCUUGAAUUUGACUGCAGUGCAAGAGCAUUUCCCGCAGGAGCUUUGGUCUCUUUUGGCCGUCGGCGAUUUCGUGCGAUUUUUGGUUUGGUUCGGCAUUGGAUGGUUCGGGGUUUGGUGGCAGCUGGACAGCAAUACAUCGAAGCAGCGGUGCAUUGCAGUCAUGACAGCGAGCGGCAGCGUUGUUGCGUCCUCCUUGAAGAAUUGGUGGCUUCUAAGUGUAUGCUUGGGAGCAGUUACCAGUUUGCUGGAGAGGAACCUGCAGAUUCAUCGCUCCUGGGAGCACUGUCAUGAUCUUCCCUAUUUGCCAUUCUCAUACCUCUUGACCCAGAGGUUCGCUGAAGUGCUGGGCCCUGUGGUGGCUUGGUGGGUGAUCUGGAAGUCGCAAGCUCUGGACCGAGUCUACGAGACCGCGCCGCUGACCAGGAGCUGGGGGCAGAGGAUAUCCAACAUCGUGUUUGGGUUUGGAUGGAGACACCAGAGGCAUAAUGGCAGCUUGGGCUGCGGGUGCGGUGGCCGAAGAUUCCAGAGCGUACUGUGUGUGAGUGUGGGAAAGAAGAAAAUCAAGUUUUAUCGGGAUGAUGGCCACCACACUAUGAGGCUCCGUCGCCAUUGGACCUACUAUGAGGAGUCAGAUUCCUCGGACCAUGGCUCGCAUGAAUCAGAUGAGACAGCCAGCAUGUGCACGGAUGACUGGAGCAGCGAAUCAGACGGAGACUGUGAAGGCCAACCCGGGUGGAAUGCACGCUUGAUAAACAGCCGUCAUGGAGAUGAUGUAAAAGUUCGUGUGAACAUUGAUGAACAGUAUUUAUAUUCACGCCCACCACCUCAAGCAGCAGAGCUCAGAUUUGUUUCAGCAAGCAAGGAGCAGGAGGACUGGGUGAACAAGUUGGCCAAGCACGGCGGAGCUGGUUUGCUUUUGUGUCACUACCCAAACAUCAGCAACUAUGAUCAGCACGCAACAGUUCUACAUGCAGGCAGGCCUUGCUUUUGCUGCAACAGAAACUACUUUUGGUGGCUAUGGUUUGCCUUUGGGGUUCUUUGUGGAAUUGGACUGAUCUUGCCAUCAAAGCUGGUUGGCUAUGCGAGCAUCGUACUGCAGCUGUUGCCUGAAUUGACCGACGAUGUUUUGCCAGAUGGAUCGUCUCUGAGCAAUCCAGAUGUAUAUGAGCACAUGGUCUACAACAUGUCCAGCACUUUCAACCGUAGCUGGAUUUGCAUUGCUGCAGACGAGAGGAAUACCAGUGAUGGUGUAGUUGAGCGUUUGGCUGCUUUUGACUCUACAUGGGUUAUACUCGGCUGUAUGUGUUUGCUGGUGAUGGGAUGUUAUCAUCUUCAAGCAACCAGUGAAUCCUUGAGACUGCUCAACGGUCUGUUGUCGAAACAGUCAUCCCUGCAGGGGGAGUUAUUGAGCACUCUUCACCGAAUUCGGUCCGCCAUCAGCAACAAGAGGUUCCUGGAAUUCCUGGCCCCGGAUGCCUUUCCUUGGGACUCCGACGACCCAAGUCCCGGCUCCGAUGGUGUGGUCUCCCUCCUUUGGUGGAUGGAGACACGGGCAGCCUUGUAUGAGGAUGCAGCUUUCACUUUGAGCAAGCGGAAGCCCAUUUUCGGUCUGUGCUUGCUGGCAGAGAUGUUGCUGAUCACGGCGACAGCUUUCGCCCUGGUGCGAGGCAAGCAAAAGUUUGCGAUAAUGUGUUAUGCGGCCUUGUACGGCGUCGCCUUAGGCACCUUGACGCUACUCCUGAUCUUUUUCGGUCACAGGGUGAACGCUCAGUUGUCCGCUGGCAUCGAUCUGCUGAAGGAGCUGGAAUUGGUCGAGUCGGCAUCGCCCGUGUCACCGGAAAGGAAGGAGGCUGCCCUGGACGCGUACAGGAGCUCUGUGCUGGGCGUUAGCCACCCGAAGGAGGUGGAGGCGUUUCUGCGGCACGAGAAGCUCCAUGCGGUGACGCUGACCUUCAUGGGCAUUCCCUUUGACCUGGGAUUGCUCAAAGUGUAUGCGGCGCCGCUGGGCGGUUACUUCGUUACCAUGGCCUGUUGGCUUCUGCAGCAGGCCUUUGCUCCGUUUAGCAAAUGA